GCGAUCAGUUCUCCAGGACAGCCAUGACCCUGAACUGAACAAGAACCAGGCCUUAGGAGAACAUUUAGAGUUUCUGUCUCUCCAGAUUUUCUGGGCUUCUUCUACUUUUUGAAUCUGCAAAACCUGAAUUCCUUCAGGUUAUCUGUUUUCCAGUGGGUUCCUGAGUUUCCUCUGGUUUCUCCAGAUUCCACCAGGUUUUCUGUAUUAGUCUGGGUUCUCAGGUAUCCUUCAGGUUUUCUGGUGUACUUUGGGGUCUCCGGUUACCUCUGGGUUCUCCAGAUUCCUCUAGUUUCUCUGGCUUCUUCUGGGUUCUCUGAUAUCCUCCGGUUUUCUUCAGAUUCUUCUUGGUUCACUGGCUUCCUCUGAGUUCCCUAAUAUCCUUUGAGCUCUCCAGAUUCCUCUGUGUUCUCCAGAUUCCUUUAGGUUCUCUGGCUUCUUCUGGGUUCUCAGAUAUCCUCUGGGUUCUCCAGAUUCCUCCUGGUUCUCUGGCUUCCUGUACGCUCUCUGAUUCCCUCCAGGUUCUCAGGUUUGCUCUCCCCUCCCUAAAACCAGAGGGUAAUUAGAUUGCAUGGUCUAACCUGCUCCUGAGAGUGACUGCAUGCGCAUGGUGGCCGGGGUAGAUCCCUGCCUCACGCCAAGUGAUCCCAGGAGAGACUCCGGAUCCACCGAGAUCAUUACCAGAAUAGAGCGCUUACUUACUGAAAAUGUUUGUGCUGAUCUCUUCAUAAUUAAUACAUAAUUUGUGCAUCUUAGGAAGGUGUGUGUGUGUGUGUGUGUGUGUGAGAGAGAGAGAGAGAGAGAGAGAGAGCGCGCGCAAUCUGGGUAUAAUGAAUAUAGCACAAAUUUUGUGAAAUCUUUAUGUCUUUAUAGCUUGUAUAUCAAAUAAGAUAUUGUGCAGAGAAAAAAACGAACACUUGUGAUCAUAUAAAGUCAUUUAGAGAAGAAGUAAACGGUGCAACAUCAGUAUAUACUGUAUAAAUGGAUGGGGACAUGGAUUGCUCCAGAAGACUACAUUUCCCAUGAAACCUUGCUGUUAACACACACUUCCUGAUUUUUUUAACGGGGUUACCGUGGAUAUUUUGACUUCCAUGACGGGCAUUAAAGCAAAACAUGAAUUAAAGUGAAUGCUUUUGUUUAUCCUGGUUAAAUUUACACUAUUACAGACGGGUUUUUCCGUAUUUAUUGUGUUUUUAUUAUUCGCUGAAAGACUUCACGCUAGCUUGCUUAAAAGGGCAACGGAGAAGUGCAGGUGGGGCCCACUAUUAAAAAAGCGUGCAUGAUAAGAAGGGCGUUUAUUUCUUCUCUCCAUCAUGGCUUCUAAUAAAGAGGCUCAGCGCAGGCAGCGGCGGAGGGAGCUGGACGCUAGGAGGAGUAGGCUUCGGGUGCGACUCGGCUCAUGGCCGGACAGCUGGAGUAAACUGAAGGACCAGCUGGGUUUCUCUCUCCAUUCUGAGCUGGCACAGUUCCUGCUGGACAGUUACUCCUGUAAAGUGUGCAGCUCAGGUUCAGGCGAUGGGAAUGAAGUGGUCUCUGUAACCGUAUCUUCUCUGGAUCAGCUGAUCCUGCUGGUCCACAGUCACGGUCAGCAGUGCCCUUCGACCCCGAGACUGCAACCUGACCCGUGCAGACAGGAAGUGAAGGAGAGACCGCUGGCGGAAGAUCCUGAAACCUUCACAAGAUUGUCUGAAACAGCAGAACUGCACCUUAGGUACGUCUGCGAAGGCGGACACGCGUUCACCUGGUGUCCGAUACACACCCAGAGGGACGACGACGGAGAGAUGAGUAAACGAGGCAGUGCUGCUCCUUCAGGGAUCAGGGAACGACAGAGGAAAGGAACGAAACAGGAUGAGGUGUUCAGGACGAGGAGCGCAAGAGGGAGAAGUGUCAACGAUGGAUUCGGACAGAGCGACGAGACGGAACGAGUCACCUCGCCUGCCUCAGGAGAAAAUGAGGAAGCCGAACAACUUUGUGACCGCGAUGUACAGGUUGCAGCUUCACAGGAAGGAAGUGAUGCGUCUCUUCUUCUUGCCUCAACCACAGAGAUAAGCGCUGAGACUGAAGCUGACGAUUCUUCAAAUAUCAGAGAUGAGCUCCUGAACCCUGUGGAGAGGGAUGUGCUACAGGCUGCAGUUCCGAACUCCACCACCAGAGGGCGUGAGAGGACAGAAGAUGCUCCUGAGACGCGGAAAGCCGAGCAGUGCAGGAGGAGAGCAGGAGCGAGGAGAAAAUCCAGCAGACAGAAAGACGAGGUUUCACAGAUGAGCAGCAGAAGGAACAGAAAACCAACUCCCAAGCUGAUUUUACCCUGUGAGUUUGACGGCUGCUGGAAGAUAUUUUCUAGCCGUCAGUACCUCAACCACCAUAUGAAGUACCAGCACUUCCAGCAGAAGACCUUCGCCUGCUCUCAUCCCUCCUGUGGGAAAUCCUUCAACUUCAAGAAGCACCUUAAAGAACACGAGAAGCUGCACAGCGAUCAGAGAGACUACAUCUGUGAAUUCUGCGCUCGUGCCUUUCGCACCAGCAGCAACCUGACCAUCCACCGCAGAAUCCACACGGGAGAGAAACCACUGCAGUGCGAGGUGUGUGGCUUCACCUGCCGUCAGAAGGCGUCUCUGAACUGGCACAUGCGUAAACACGACGCUGAGCGCGGCUACCGGUUUGCGUGCGAGAUCUGCGGCCGCCGCUUCGAGAAGAGGGACAACGUGACCGCUCAUCGGAGUAAGAGUCACCCAGAUCACGUCACCUCUGACCUUCCUAAAGAGUCUACGGCCAAUGACCUUUGACCUGCUUGAGCCUGGAGUUAUAAUUAAGCGUGCGCUAAUAUUAAAUGGUUCAGUGUUUACAAACUUCUUCCUCUGACCUCUUUUUGGGUGUUGCCUUUUAAGGAAAGUGGGCGGAGCCUAGCUCAAAUCAGUCAAAACCCAGUGAUCUCUAGAGUGCUCUCAGUCGGUUUAAUGGAAAUAGUACAGCGUCACAUACUCCAAAUUCCACAACACGCCUCAUCCUACAAGCUAAGCUAUUCAAGGACAAGUGUUUUAUAUAGAGCAUGAGCAGAUUGAAUAAGUCCUGGGAUGAGAGCAGGAUGGUGUUCAUGAUUACAGCAGCAGCUCUCGGGUAUUAGGGCUGUAACUCAAUAUAAAUGCAGAUGGAGAGAGAGAUGAUUAGGUUACUCUGAGAUGCUAAUAAAAUCUGACGCAACUUUCUGCAGCAGACUGUGUGAUGAAGCGUGAUUUCCAUGUUAAAUUAUACGAUGAACAUGCCCGUACGAUUAAAUACGGUCGUUACGUGCUGAAGAUGUCAACGUAAAUACAAGCGUCCUUCACAGUGGAAAUUCUUCUUUUCACAAGGAAAUUCUUCUUUUCAUGUUUUUUUCACUUUUCACCAUCGCAGCUACCACAUUUCUAGCUGUACCAUGAGUUUCAAUUCUCUCUCUCUCUCUUUUAUUUUCUCUCUUUCCCUCAUCUCUCCCUUAUUUCUCUCUCUCCCUUUCUCUGUUUCUCUCUCUCUCUCUCUCUGUCUCAUCAUUGAAUGCCAUCAUCCUUUUGGUGGCUUUUUUUUUCUUUUAAAGACGUAUAAUCUUCAUCGCUGAACUGGAAUUUUUAAUAAACGCCACGAGUUUGUUGUCUUGUCGUUUGCAACAAAAGAGCAUUUCACGACCACAGACAUUUUUACAAUUUUUUAUUUUUUUUGGAAAAACGAUAUCAGGCUGGAAAUCAUAGUAUUAUUC